CCCUCACUUCACUUGCCCCUGCCCUUUCAGGCUUUAUGUGUUGAGGUGUGUUUGGGUUAGUCGGCUUAUUUUUUCACCUCACACCCGAAUACAAAUCAGAUCCCAUCCUGAAACCCGAAAAGCUCCUGACUGUAUUCAGAGUGCGUGUUAGGUGUGUGUGUGUGUGUGUGUGUGUGUGUGUGUGUGUGUGUGUGUGUGUGUGUGUGUGUGUGUGUUGCGGAAAGUAUCGGCAGGAAUGUGUACAGGAGCGAUGUGGAAAGGUUGCGCACGUACGGACAGGAUCCUGAAGUUGGGACGGAUGUGACGAGGCAUGAUGAGAGGAGGUUCAUAGCAUAGUGGACUUCAAUGCAUACUGCUGAAUUUGGUGACCUCGCUCCUCUUCAGUACUCAAACCUCCACCGAAUCAUCUCUGUACCCCGAGGCAACAUUUUCCUCCAACUAAAACACCAUGACGACUUCAUCCCUGCGUCGCUCCAUGAAGAACAUCGUAAACAAUUACACAGAGGCGGAGAUCAAAGUGCGCGAAGCGACCUCGAACGACCCAUGGGGUCCUCCGGGUUCGCUCAUGAUCGAGAUCUCUGAGCUGACUUUCGACGUUGUGACCUUCUCUGAGAUCAUGGGUAUAAUCUGGAAGCGCUUGAACGACCACGGCAAGAACUGGCGGCACGUCUACAAGGCGCUGACGUUACUGGAAUAUCUGGUGAAGACCGGCGCGGAGCGUGUGGCUCAGCAAUGCAAGGAGAACAUUCAUGCGAUCCAGACACUCCGUGACUUCCAGUACAUAGACCGUGAUGGCAUGGACCAGGGUGUUAACGUGCGUGAGAAGGCCAAGCACCUCGUUGCUUUGCUCCAAGACAACGAAAAACUGAAGCAGGAGAGGGCCCAGGCUCGGAUAACCCGCGAGCGAAUGGCCCACACCAGCAGAGCCAUGGUAUACAGCUCCAUGCCUCCACCUUACCCGGGAAGCCGCACCAGCCAACCCAGCACGGGGGCCAUGUACAGGGACACAUAUGGCCGCUCUCGGGGCUCGCCCUCCUCUGUUAGCAUGUCCACUUCUCCUACUCAUCUGGCCCCGGAGCUGGAGAAGGCGCGGCCGCAGACCACUGGCGAAGAAGAGCUACAGCUGCAGCUGGCGUUGGCUAUGAGCCGAGAGGAGAGCGAGAAGCCACCUCCUCCUCCUGUGGAUAUCGAUGAACAGACACAACUCCAGAUUGCAAUGAGCCUCAGCAAGGAGGAGGCCAAAAAGAAGCCUCUUCCCGCUGUCCCCUUGGACAUGGAUGAAGAGACGCAGCUUCAGAUUGCUCUGAGCCUCAGUAAGGAGGAACACCAGCAGGAGGAGCGAAGUCGCCAGGGAGAUGAGUCGUUGCUCCAGAAAGCUCUUGAAGAGAGUAAACGAGAAAUGGAAGCCAAAGCAGGAGGGUCUGCCAUGUUGGAUCUCCUGGAAAUUUUUGCUCCUGCCUCUGAAGCGCCACCUAGUGCCAAUCCAUGGGAAGCGUCUGGAGCUGGUGGUCAAACGCAGGCUGUGGGAUCAUUGAUUGUCGACCCUUGGGAUUCUCUGGAACAAAGCUCCUCAGCCCGAGGUGCAAGCAGCUUCUGUCCAGGACCUCCCAGUAUUCAUUCUCAACCUUGGGACCAUCGGUCACGUCCUCCUGACCCGUGGGAUGCUCCUCAGACCACCCCCAGUCCUGUUCCCUCAAAUCAGACAUGGCUCUCAGCUGCUGCUCCUGCAGCCACAGGAAUAGAUCCUUUCUCUCCACUAGCAUCAGACAAAAAAGGGUCUGCUGUCCCUAUAAAAGGCUCUUUACCACGGCAUGGGAGUCCCACAGAUGGAGAUUUUUUCGAUGAUGCCAUGGAUGGAGGCCAGGUGAACGUUAAUGGCCGUGGUGAGGGAAGUCCAGAGUUAUUUGACCUGUCUCGUCUGGGAGAGUGUUUAGCAGAGCCAGUGCCUCCGACCUGUAGCGCACCGGAAGCCUUUCUGGGUCCGGCAGCGGCCUCGCUCGUCAAUCUUGACUCCUUGAUCCCACCGAAUCCCACUCCCAAAAACUUAAACCCGUUUUUAACAGGUCUGAGUGAACCUUCUGUCACAAAUCCAUUCCAGAGCGAGCCUACACGGCUUACCCUCAAUCAGAUGCGUCCCGGCUCUGCUUCCCCUGAUCCCAGCUCACUGCAAAACAGCACCUCUCUGCCAAUGCCUGUGGGCAGUCAGCCCUUGUCCUUACCCAGCUCCUUCACCCAGCCUUCAGAGGGACAACCUAACAUGUCUCAACCGCUGCCCCCCACAUCAUCCACAUUCACACACGGACAGCCAGACCAGAGUCAGAACCCCUUCCUCUGAGGGCUGGUGUGAGCUACAUGUGGCCUGAAUGUACGCUUGCUGGCCUGAGUAACGAUGCUUAUAACGGAGUGACGAUUUAACUGCAGACUCAGAUCUAAACUGGAAUUAUAGCUCAAAUUAAUGACACUACUGUUUUUAUACAGGCUAACUGUUUUCACGGCUCUUUGCUAUUGCCACUUAUCCUCUUAUAUCCAUCUGCACUACAGAACCAAUGUGUCUUCAGCAUAUAAGCAAGCAGCCUGUUUUCUUUUUUUUUUUUUUUUUUUUUAUGUAUUGGAACAUGAUCUACUUUCAGACAAAACUUCAGCCUACUCCAUAAUGUCCAGUGACUUUACAACUCUCUAGGCCUGCUUUAGUAACCCUUCCUGUAGUGUUCCAUACACCCUGGGGACUUCCUGUUCCACUUUUCUUCUGUAUUAUUCAUUCUGGAUGACUGAUCUCAAUGAGCAGAAUAGCAUGGAAGCUAGCCAUCCUGAUAAUGAAGCUCUCCCAGUCAAGCAAGUCUGAUCAGUGUGCCAGAUAUUUAACACCAGACCAAGACAUGUUUGUCUGUCUGUCUGUUUUUUGAGGUUUUUUUAAACCUGUCUUUUAAAUUGGCUGCUAAGUGAACACACUUCAUGAAGGGAAUGAAUUUACUGUGGAGUGAUUUACUAACAGAAUGUGUGAAUAAGAGACUUCUGGAAAUAGAAAAGAUUUCUCACCAAAUAUAGGAAUGAAAAUGCA